GCACUGCGCAGCCGCGGAACGCUCGGCCUAUCCCCGCCCCGCGGCGAACCGAACCGGGAGGCAAGGCGAUGAGCGCGGCUGGCGCGGGCGUGGGCGGUCGCCGCUGGGCGCGACUGUCCCGCCUCGUCUCCUUCAGCGCGACCCACCGGCUCCACAGCAAAUGUCUGAGUAACGAAGAAAACUUGAAACUGUAUGGGAAAUGCAACAAUCCAAAUGGCCAUGGGCACAAUUAUAAAGUUGUGGUGACAGUUCAUGGAGAGAUUGAUCCUGUUACAGGCAUGGUUAUGAAUAUGACCGACCUCAAAGAGUACAUGGAGGAGGCAAUUAUGAAGCCCCUUGAUCAUAAGAAUCUGGAUCUAGAUGUGCCAUACUUUGCAGAUACUGUAAGCACGACAGAAAAUGUAGCGGUAUAUAUCUGGGAAAACCUCCAGAAAUUUCUUCCUAUGGGAGUUCUUUAUAAAGUAAAAGUAUAUGAAACUGACAAUAAUGUUGUCGUCUAUAAAGGAGAGUAGCUUUUAGGGGUUCAUACUGUAGAAAGAUUAAUUUCUUUCCACAUUUGAAAAAGGUCUUUAUCCUCUUGGACUAUUAAAAAGUCAUCACAGAAUUGCUAGAGCUUCACCUUGUGUUCUGGUGCCUAAUUUAUUGAAAUCAUUGUGUGUAAGACCUGUUGUGUAUUCAAAUAUAUUUUAAAACAAAAUUGGUUAAAGACAUUCUGAGUGUCAUUUAGAGAAUCCUUUAUCUAUAGAUUAAAAAUCACUUCAUUUUCAGUAAAAUGUUAUGGUGUGGAAUUUAAAAGCAAAAUAAAUCAAUUUUUGUUUUUCCAUUA